AUGCCUCAGGACAUGCCCCCAGUUGGGGGCUACAAGCCUGUUCAAUAUAAGCGCAACCUCCCCGUUCGCGGCUUUAGACCGGUUUACUACUUGCUUGGAAUGCAUGCCAUUAUGGGAUAUGGAUUCUAUAAGCUGUGGCUUGGCCAACGAGAGAAGAACGAACUUGCUCGCGAGAAAACCUGGGCUCGAAUUCAUUUGAUUCCCCUUCUCCAGGCGGAAGAAGACCGCGAUCAAGUCCGACGAUACUUUGCCGAUCGGGCGAGAGAGAAGGAGUUGGUUGGGACAGAGAUCAAGGUUUACAACUCAGACCGAUUUGUGAGACCGACCUUCGCGUAUACCCCUGCUCAGCCCGCUCAAUAG